CCCUCAUCCAAUUUAUAUUGUCUGCUUCUUCUCACAGUGCGGCAAGAAGCAACCCGGAUUAGGCUGACAACCUCCAGCAUCACCUUCGAGCUGGAACUAUAACGCACGGAGGAGUUGGAGUGCGUGCAGGGCGCCCGCUUUGGCGCACGGGAAGCCACAGCGCUUUUACGCACGGAUGUGAUCUCGCUCCAAUAGCAAAAGUGAGCAAAGAUGCGCGGUGUCGCGCUGCUGCUCGCUUCCAUCCUUGUUAGAGUGUCUGCAUCUCAUGCGGCGGACGACUUGUUGUUAAUGAACGGCUAUAAUGAGUCCACGGAGUCCACGACGAGCGCUGUGACGGAGAGCCCGCUCACAGAGGACAACUGUCGCGGGUACUACGACGUAAUGGGUCAGUGGGACCCGCCGUUCGUGUGCCAGGAGGGCAACUUUGUUUACUGCUGUGGCACGUGCGGCUUCAGGUUCUGCUGCGACAUCCGCAGCUCCCGUUUGGACCAGAGCACCUGCAAGAACUAUGACACGCCGCCGUGGAUGAUGACCGGCAGACCGCCGUCCAAAGUGGACGUGGCGCAGGACUCGGGCAAAGAUAGGACCAACAUGGUGGUGUAUGUAGUCUGCGGAUUGGUGGCCAUCGUGGCUCUAAUUGGCAUCUUCACCAAGCUCGGACUCGAGAAGAUGCAGCGGCCCGAUCGAGAGAACAUGUCGCGGACUUUGGCACAUGUGAUCCGUCAUCCUGCGCCACAACAUAUGGACGAGAUGAACCUGGGCCUGCACUAUGAGAACCUGCAGACAAGAGUAGCGAUUAACAGUCUCCACAGCCCCCAGAUGAACAACAUGGCGCCGACACCGCCUUUGCUAAACGACCCGUACACACUACUGGAUCAGAUAAGCAGCCCGUACGAGCCGCAGACUUCGGUAAUGGACCUCAAUAAGUAUGCCACCCUCAAGGCUGUCGCAGAAAAAGCUAACGAUAGCUUCUACACAAACCAGCGCCAAGCACUGAGCGGAAUGACAGCGAAGUGCAGCCUUCCAAUGGCGCAAGUGGAGACGGAGCCCAGCAACCCCUACAGCCCGGCCAGGCAAACGUCGAGCAAGCAGAGCGGACGCAAGAACAGGAGUCCGAGGACUCACAGUUCACAGUCGCUUUCCUUCGGUUCUUUUUCCAGCCCGGCCACGCCGAUACUGUGGCACAGCCACGACGUGCUGGGGCUGAGGCCGUGCUUUGGCCCAACCAAACUCUGCAUCCCUGAAAGGCAACUGCAGAACACUCACAACCUGCCCCCGCAGCCCUACCUUAUCACUAACAGCAAAACAGAAGUGACAGUAUGAGGGAGGAACAGCGAGUGCAGGAAGUUCUAAUGUAAAAUAUGACUGGACUGUUCAACAUGCAGUUGAGAGGAUGUUAAGGGGUUACAUUAGAAUGAGUGCUACCCAACUACCGUACAACAUCAACGAAUGACAAUUUAAACAUGUACACGUGAAAUCUACACACUAUGUUCUUCGAAUUUUGUCAUAUCAACUAAACCCUUUCUGGGACAGCAGUCAAGACAGUGGACAAAAAAGUUAUCAUUAGCUUAACUCAUUCACUGCCAGCCCAGGUCACAGUAUGUUUUGUGGUAGUUAGUGAAAGAGGGAAAUUGAUAUUGAAAACACUUAAUUACGGGAAUAGACCUUCAAUACAUUUCAUCCGAACGCUUCUAGCCCCUACCAGUUAAAAUGGAUUGGCCGUCUAUUGCCGUCAAUGGCAGCAAAAUUAUGAAGCCAAUGAGCUAUUUGAAUUUAUUUCUUUAUUCUUUUAAUCAAUUCAUCUGAAUUUGUUUUGAUAUAUUUUUGGAAGUUUUAUUUGAUUUUAUUUAGAAUCAGAGGUGGGUAGUAACGCGUUACAUUUUCUCCGUUACAUUUACUGGAGUAACUUUUUGAGAAAAAUAUACAGUAGUUUUACCUUUUACUUUUACUUGAGUAGAUCUGUGAAGAAACACUACUCUUACUCCACUACUUUGGGCUAUACUAAAGUCGUUAUUUUUGUGUCUUUUUGGCCCAAUGUGGUCAUGUAUUAUGUUAUAGUACAGUAUAAUAAUAACAGUUCACAUAGAGGAAGUUGUGCUGGGAAAAAAAACAAAACAAAACAUUGUUUUAAAAAAUCAGACAUUGUAAGCAGUUACUUUGUUACUCAUUACUUGAGCAGUCUUUUUAACUAAUAUUUUUUAAUUGUACUUGAGUAAAUUUUUUGAUGACUGCUUUUACUUGAGUAAUACUAUUUAGAAGUAACGCUACUCUUACUUGAGUAACCUUUUUGGCUACUCUACCCACCUCUGUUUAGAAUUAGUUAUAUUUUUUUAGGGCUGUCAAACGAUUAAAAUUUUUACUCGAGUUAAUUACAGCUUAAAAAUUAAUUAAUCGUAAUUAAUCGCAAUUCAAACCAUCUAUAAAAUAUCCCAUAUUUUUCUGUAAAUUACUGUGGGAAUGGAAAGAUAAGACACAAGACGGAUAUAUACAUUCAACAUACUAAGUACUGUAUUUGUUUAUUAUAACAAUAAAUCAACAAGAUGGCAUUAACAUUAUUAAUAUUCCGUUAAAGCGAUCCAUGGAUAGAAAGACUUGUAGUCUUAAAAGAUAAAUGUUAGUACAAGUUAUAGAAAUUUUAUAUUAAAACCCCUCUUAAUGUUUUUGUUUUAAUAACAUUUGUAAAAUUUUCAAUCAAAAAAUAAACUAGUAGCUCGCCAUUGUUGAUGUCAAUAAUUACGCAAUGCUCAUCCUGCUGAAACAUAUAAAAUCAGUUGCACCCAAGUGCCAGCAGAGGGUGACAAAACACUAAAAAACACAAAUAAUAAGUGGACAUUACACUGUGCUGUCAUUUUAAUCUGUUUGAACGGGGCAUGUGCGUUAAAUGCGUCAAAUAUUUUAACGUGAUUAAUUUAGAAAAUUAAUUACCGCCCGUUAAUGCGAUAAUUUUGUCAGCCCUAAUUUUGUUAUUACUGGGUACUCAUAGCUUAUUUUUAUUAAUUUGUGUGUUUUCUUCUUUUAACCUCUUUAUUUAUAGGGUUAGUAUUUCAACAAAUGUUCUUUUCAUUCACAAUGGAUCUUUCAAUUGAUUUCAUUUAAUUUACCAUUAUUUACAUUUUUUUUUUUUUAAAUAAUAAUUAUUGCCCUCUGCAAAAUAUGUCCAGGUAACACAAUUGGAUGUCAAAUAGGGGCCGCAAAAUAUUGUCCUGUGGGCCACAGGUUUGACACCCCUUGUACUAUAUAUAUGAAAUGCUAA